GCAGCAGGAGCAGAGAGCAAUUUAAGGCCGUCGACACGUUAGAAUUUCGUUCCAUCAUAAUCACACUCGAACAAAGUUGCACCACUGCCCAAUGAUGCCCAAUGUCUUACGAACGAAGUACUCCACAAGUUACGUUAGCUACUGAUACAUACAACGCAUGAUCACUUACCAUCUGUUUCGUCUAUUUUGCUGUCGACACGGGUUCCAAUAUUAUCUUCGUGAGCCAAUUUUAAAAGUGAAGUAAAUCUUAAAGCAGCAUGUUUUUGUUUUCAUCCUUAAUUUUAUUAUUUUCACUUUUAUUAUUCAUUCAUUGACUUCAUUGUCAUCGCAAACCUGAUUACUCGCAGCAGCAUCUAACUAUGUUUUCGAGGUUGUACAGGACUUGUCCCUUUAGAGACAACGAGACGGGACUGGAGGGUUCUGUAUAUCUUUGACAAUACUUGUGAAGCAAUGGGGUUGUCAGUUCUCCAUUCCCGGAACAAAAUCGAUUAGAUUAUUUUCUUUCAAGUAGUGGCUGUCAUUUAGAUUCUGUACGUCGCAGUAAAAUCGGAGGGCAAAAGGUUUUCCUUUUGAUUUUGUAGGGAUAAGUUAAUUCCAAGGAAUUAGAAUGGUAAAAGGUGACGACGGAGUACUUUAUAUAAGCUUUUUCUUCACGUGAUUGAAGACAAGAAGGAAAGGCAGACCGAAAAAAAAAGAACUGUGCUUUGGGUUUCAAAUAUGCAGCAAUAGAUUCCUUCGGAUCAAAGAGAUGUAUUAGGAGUUGAAGUAAAAAAGCAGAGGAAGAAGCAUGGCAGGAGGUGGAGGACAUGCACCACAGCCAAAACAAGAAGAGCUACAGCCACAUCCUACCAAAGACCAGCUACCGAGCAUUUCUUACUGCAUUACCAGCCCUCCUCCAUGGCCCGAGGCAAUUCUACUUGGCUUCCAACAUUACCUGGUGAUGCUUGGCACAACUGUGUUGAUUCCCACAUCUCUAGUUCCGCAAAUGGGAGGUGGCAAUGAGGAUAAAGCAAAAAUGAUUCAGACAAUAUUGUUUGUGGCUGGUUUGAACACAUUGUUUCAAACCCUGUUUGGAACUCGUCUACCUGCUGUGAUUGGAGCUUCUUACACCUAUGUGCCAACAACCAUUUCAAUCAUUUUGGCAGGACGAUACAGUAACAUUUUAAAUCCUCAGGAGAAAUUUGAAAAGAUAAUGCGUGGAAUCCAGGGUGCUCUUAUUGUUGCCUCAACUCUUCAGAUUGUAUUUGGCUUUAGUGGCCUUUGGCGUAAUGUUGCGAGGUUCCUGAGUCCACUUUCUGCUGUUCCCCUGGUCGCUUUAUCUGGUUUUGGGCUAUAUGAGUUUGGUUUUCCGGUGCUUGCAAAAUGCAUAGAGAUUGGGCUGCCACAGCUCAUUAUUUUAGUAAUAUUUUCCCAGUAUAUACCUCACUUGAUGCGUGGUGAGACGCAUGUCUUCGACCGCUUUGCUGUUAUAUUCUCUGUGGUGAUUGUUUGGAUUUAUGCUCACCUACUCACCGUUGGUGGGGCUUACAAGAAUACAGGGCCUAAAACCCAAAUAAGUUGUAGAACAGAUCGUGCCGGAAUCAUUGGUGCUGCUCCAUGGAUAAGAGUUCCAUAUCCUUUUCAAUGGGGAGCUCCCACUUUUGAUGCGGGAGAAGCUUUUGCAAUGAUGGCUGCUUCAUUUGUUGCUCUUGUGGAGUCCACUGGCGCAUUCUUUGCUGUGUCAAGGUAUGCAAGUGCAACUCCACUGCCACCUUCUAUUCUCAGCCGUGGUGUUGGUUGGCAGGGAGUGGGCAUUCUGUUCUCGGGGAUAUUUGGAACUGGUAAUGGGUCAUCAGUUUCUGUUGAAAAUGCGGGACUACUAGCAUUGACUCGUGUUGGUAGCCGAAGGGUUGUCCAAAUAUCAGCUGGAUUCAUGAUCUUCUUUUCCGUACUUGGAAAAUUCGGAGCUGUCUUUGCUUCAAUUCCAGCACCUAUCAUUGCUGGUUUAUAUUGCCUGUUCUUUGCUUAUGUGGGUUCAGCAGGCCUCAGUCUUCUUCAGUUUUGCAAUCUAAACAGCUUUAGGAUAAAGUUCAUAUUAGGCUUCUCUGUUUUCAUGGGAUUAUCAAUACCUCAAUACUUCAAUGAGUAUACACUUGUUAACGGAUAUGGUCCUGUCCACACAGGAGCAAGAUGGUUCAAUGAUAUGAUCAAUGUACCAUUCUCAUCAGAGCCAUUUGUUGCCGGCUUGUUGGCUCUGUUCUUGGACAUGACACUACACCGGAAAGACAACCAAACCAUGAAAGAUAGAGGCAUGCUUUGGUGGAUCAGAUUCCGGUCAUUCAAGGCAGACACAAGAAGCGAGGAAUUCUACUCUCUGCCCUUUAACCUGAACAAGUUUUUCCCAUCUGUUUGAUCUUUGCAACAUGUAUUUUGAAGUUGUGUGACGAAGUUAAUGCUCUCUAUGGGAGGAAUAUUCCGUAACAUGGAUGGCAUUUUUCUGUCUCCAGUUAAACUUUGUAAAUCAACCUUGUAAUAUGAACAUCUCUCUUCUUUUCACA